ACGUGAUAAAAUUAUUGUUAUUUCUUUUUAAAAAAAAUUCGCUGUAGUAUUAUAUGGAAAGUGAUGAUUAGUAAUACCGGUCAAAAAUGUCAUCAGACCCCUCCACUGCUUAAAAAUUAGACAGGUAUAUAAUAACAAGAGUUCUUGGUAAAUCAACACUGUCCACUAACGUUUCAAAGGAUUACUUUUUGUGUUUUAACAAAAUGAAUAAAAGACUUCUUAUCGGUAUCAGUAUUAUCGCUUUUACCGCAGCAUAUCCACAAGACAGCCAAAAUGCAGCUGCUCCUUCUGUUGCACCACCAUCUUCACCACUUAUAGGCGUUCGUUUUUCUGCAGCUCCUGAUGUUUCCCAUAUCUCAUUUAACUCUCCCCUAGUUUCUUACGGAUCAUCACUGGCGGAAAUUCAACUUCCAGCUGCACCAAUUGAACCGGCCAAUCUAAAACAAGCCGCUGGACAGUCGGAAUAUCAUGAAGAUCAACAACAGGAUGCUGAUAACCAAGCCCAACAGCAACUCCAAAUUCAGCAGUCCAACUUACAAAACUCCCAAUUAAUCCAAUCCGGACAACCUCAAGUUGCGCAACCAAUGCGGCAAAUUCCUCAACCUCAAGUUCAAGCAAAUCCCCAAUUCCUUUCAAUACAACAAUACCCAUCAAACCUUCAACUGCGUGCCUCUUCAUCUGCUCAACCACAACAAAUCAUAAUUAGUCAAACGUUACCCGGGCCUCAGCCUCAAACUUAUACACCGAACGUGUACUCUCAAUCUACUCCACAGCAACCUCAAUAUAAUCCUCAGUUUACCUAUCCGCAAAAUACUGUACCACAGAAUUAUCCCACGAACAUCAAUCCUUACUUCGGCCAACAAUAUCCUGCCGCAGCUGAUCCUAAUCAGUAUGCUGGUCAGCAACCUGUAGCUUCAUUUCCAGCACAGUCUGUUCCUGCUAGUUAUCCAGCUACUCCAGCGAGGACAAACACUUAUUUUGCUACAGGACCUUUUGCAGCUCCACAACCUGUGACGCCUGCUCAGUACACUCCUAACCAAUAUGCUCCUAUACAAUACGCUCCUCAAGGAUUACAAGUCGGAUAUCCUGGUAAUGCAAAUGGAGCAUUGGUAUCUAGGGUGACUUUCAAUGCUCCAGGUACUGGAUUUACGUAUGGAUUUUGAAUUAAGUUGCUAAACAAAUUGAGUAAACAAGUGAAUUAAUUAUAAACUCUGUCGUAAAUUGGAUCUGUAAAUAUUGUUCCUAUAGUUAAAAGAAGUGUGUAUAUAU